CUUGAAUCCGACUGGUAAUAACAGAAGCAUUGCGAUACAGCAAACACCAAUUCGCCCACCAUGUCCAUGACUCCGGAUCAGAUGCAGAAGCUCCUGCAAGAAAUUGAGCAAAAGGCCGCUUUCUGCCAACAACAGAUGGUCAUUGUCAAGACUCAAAUCAACAGCAAGAAUCGCGAGAAGCGCAUGUUGCAGCUGACAGCCGCUGAGCUUGACGGCUUACCGUCUGAAGCAAACGUCUACGAGGGUGUCGGAAAGAUGUUUGUCGCAAGCCCAAAGACUGAUGUCAAGGUGCGCUUGACAAAAGAUCAAGAGACUAUCAAGAAGGAGAUGGAAGGUCUGGACAAGAAGAUGCACUACCUCGAGACAACGUACAAGAACAGCAAGGACCACUUGGACGCCAUCUUCAAGAAUGGAGGCAGAUGAAGGCCACGAUCACACUUCUAUCGCCAAACACUGGCUCUGAUCCUUGAGUGCGACUUCGGGGCAGCCGCGCUCGAAGAGGGAGACACUUAUGCCCUUCUCGAUCCGCCCUGCUCCAAGCUGCCAGGAACGAAUCACGAACAAAAGUCAGGACAGAGACGCUCCAUGGAGAUAAUCGCCGAGGCAAUGGCAAGCGUUUCAAGAUGCAUUCGCUCUUCUUCGCGAUGCAAAGUGUCUCCAUGGAUGCAAUCGAAGACCGAAUCGCACAACAUAUUUAUACACAGUGUUGCUGCUUUUUAUGCAGGCAUAGAGCUUACACGUUGUGUGCUCACCAGAAUUACACCAUUCCAGACCUUUCUCCUAUAUUGUCUUAUCGCAUCCUGCGGCUAUCGUCUCAAUCUAUAUAUGCAUUCUACUGCAGUCUAUAGCUGCAUCUUGACGCCCGAUGAUCCUUCAAUUCCAACU